AAUCUGUUUGGCGGGAAGUGCUAAAGUUAAAAUGGCCACUAGGGGGAACGCGAGGUGGAAAAACAAGAGACGAAAAAGCCUUUACAACAAGGAAGAUACCAGCAACAAAUUUAUAUAUCGAUCUUCAUCUCCUUCUCCAGCCCCUGAUCCUUCUCUAGACUCUCCUGUCGCCUCUCCUCCUCUGCAAAAAGCUCCUACUCUCUCUCCUCCUCUUCCUGCCCUCUCUCUUCCACCUCCAGAGCCUUCAAUUAAUGAUCCAUCAAUCCCAUCUACUCCUCUUGCCCCUCCCACUCCUUUUAGGGAGAAUGUUUCACUGAAAGCUUUGAUCCAGCCUACUCCUCUUAUUGCUCCUCCCACUCCUUUUAAGACACAUCAGGCACCCACAAAUGAUUUACCGAAGGUUUUCCCAUCUCCUCCCCCUAUUGCUCCUCCCACUCCUUUUAGGGCACUUGAAGUACCAACAAAUGAUUUACCAAUUUGUGUACCGGAAAUUGAUGGUCGUAUCGCAAGUGCAGCUGUUGAAGAAAGAGAAAACGAGAAAAAUUUUGAGAACAGGAAGAGUUCUUCAAGGGGUAAGAAAAGAAAGAAGAGAAAAGUAGAUGAUGAGGAAGUGGAAGCGUCACAAAUUGAAAACGAUAUAGCCAUUUAUCUUGAUGUUAACAAAAUAUGUAGAAUGGAGAUUGAUAAAUUAGACAAGAUCCAAAAUGAAAUACUUACAGUAAGCGACGAGGACUGCAUCCGACAAGCAAAUGAAGAGAUGAAGCAAAGCAGGAGAUUUGAUAAAGAAACUCAAGAGAGAAUUAAUGAUUCGAUAAGGAAAAGAAUUGAUGCCAUUGAAAUGCAUGUAAAGAGAAAAAAAGAGAUGCUUUUGUGCACACAAGAAACUCUCACUCCACGCGCUAUCGUCCACAAGCUUUCAGCUCAUGCAUCCAAAGUUAUCAACACUCCAUUUUAGAACAUAUAUUAUUAAGUAUUUUUUCUACUUUACCAUAAGAAAAUAUGUUGCAUUAUCUAUAGCCUUACUCAUAUUUGCCACUCAUGUGUUUUUUAACAUCAAGAUUAGUCCUGGUGAUUUUUUUACUCUUAA